GAGACUGAUGCAAGAGCAGGCUGAGGUUAGCACGUGUGUGCUUCAACGGAGAAAGCCGCAUCGGGACCGCUUGCAGUCGGAAGGGAACAGGAUUUAAUUAAUUCACCUCAAUUUCAGUCGAAAUACUUCAUUAUUCUGGUGCCUGAAGAUGCCGGUAUUCAGAGCUCUCGCCAGGGCCGCUCAGCAGACAGUGCUCACGCCAGGCUGCGGGUGUCGGCCACUGGCCCUGGCUGUCCGUCACAUCAGCUUCUCCCCACGCCAGGUCACCUCAGACGCCAGCUUCCACUCGGUGUCCUUCUCGGAGACUGACCACCCCAAGGUCCUCAUCACAGGGGGUCUGGGACAGCUGGGAGUGGGCCUGGCGAAACUGUUGAGAAAACGUUUUGGGAAAAACAAUGUAAUCCUGUCAGACAUUAGGAAGCCCCCGAGCCAUGUCUUCCACAGUGGACCAUUUAUAUAUUCCGAUAUCUUGGACUACAAGAACCUGCGGGAGAUUGUGGUGAAUAAUCGGAUCACCUGGCUUGUUCACUACAGUGCCCUCCUCAGUGCUGUCGGAGAGGCCAAUGUGUCGCUGGCGCGAGCCGUGAACAUCACUGGGUUGCACAACAUCCUCGACAUUGCAGCAGAGCACGGGCUGCGCCUGUUCGUCCCCAGCACCAUCGGAGCUUUCGGUCCCACUUCCCCACGCAACCCCACCCCUGACCUGUGCGUGCAGCGGCCCCGCACCAUCUAUGGGGUUUCCAAAGUGCACGCUGAGCUCAUGGGAGAGUACUAUCAUCACAAGUACGGGCUGGAUUUCCGCUGUCUGAGGUACCCCGGCAUCAUCUCGGCAGACUCGCAGCCAGGUGGAGGAACAACAGACUACGCAGUGGCGAUCUUUCAUGAUGCUGUCAAGACCGGGAAGUUUGAGUGCAAUCUGAAGCCAGACACGCGCCUGCCCAUGAUGUACAUCGAUGACUGCCUGCGCGCCACUCUGGAGGUGAUGGAGUCUCCAGCAGAGCAGCUGAGCAUGCGCACCUACAACAUCAACGCCAUGAGCUUCACCCCUGAGGAGCUGGUUGCUGAGGUGCAGAAACAGCUGCCUGACCUCCAGGUCACCUACAACAUUGACCCUGUGCGACAAGCCAUUGCUGACAGCUGGCCCAUGAACUUUGAUGAUGAGAACGCACGCAGAGAGUGGGGCUGGAAACACGAGUAUGACCUCCCAGAGUUGGUCACAACGAUGCUCAACUCUAUUGGCGCAGACUCCCGAAUUGCUAGUGCCAACUGAACCAACAGCAAUGAACUGUGACCUGGGGCCACAUUGUGUAUAUAGUGUAAAAAAACUGAGCUUUACACCACAGAGACACUGGUCUGUACAUAAUCUUUACUCCAUGUGUUUCAGGGUAAUUACUAGCUUUGUAGGCAACAGCGCUUGGAUAGUUUCCGAAGACCUGAACGUUGAAUAGUCCUUCUUUACUGUUCCUGUUCUGUGUUCACUUCAGGAAGAUCCAGACAUGCUUUUGCUGCAUUUUUGCUGUUCUGCUAGGAAUUGCUCCAAAAGGGCUUUGUCUGAAAAUGUUUUUGGAAUCCUAUAGUGUCAAACAGGCACAUGGCUAGUAAUUUCUAAAUUUAAGACUUUUGCCUCUAAUACCAAAGAUAAUUGCCUGGAUUCUAAUAUCACAGUUUCAAAAAAAAAAAAAACUUGAGAAGCCAUCAUCAAAACUCUUAAUUUUAUAAAAGCUGAUGCAACUGUAAUACCUCCUUUCUAUUUUCCAUAGGUUUGAAUUAUUUUCAGCUAGUGCCUAUCAGUGUGUAUAUUUUGGGGUAUUUUCUCUACUAUUCUGCAGUUUGCACCAUGGUUUUGUAUAAGUUUGUAAGAUUUAACUCUGUCAAAUUCGUUGGUGUAAGGAAUGCAAAAAUGAAGUUUCUCGUUCUGGGAGAGUUUGGUAUCUUUUUUUUUUCUUGAACAUAUCAUGGUUUGAGAUUAACUGUGAGCUUUACACUUAAACUCAGAAUUCUGCAGCCAUGUGCUUUCAAGAUUGAGGAGAAUGUUAAAAUACUUGGCAGUUUCUACAACGGAGCCGUCAGCUUUUCAAUAGAUGAAUCGGAACUGAAAUGCGUGCAGCACAUGUGUGUAAUAGUCCAGUGUAGGGUAUGAAAUUAAGGACUGCCGCACAAACAUGUUCGCUAGACCAAAACUUUACAACCAUGUCAAUGGAAAGGUGUUGAAAGCCGCUUUUUGGCGUUACAAUACAUCAGGAUUGUGAGCUUUUGAUGCUACGCUUUGUGUUCAAACUGUGAAAGGUGUUAAACAUUGUCUUCUUAUCUCAAUACCUGGAGAGUUUGGCAACAGACUGAAUUGUGGCUUUGCAGUGUAUGUACUGUACUCGAGCGUUACCCUGCUCUGGUCCUCAGCUUCCAUUGUGCAGCAGUUUUAUACAGUAGGUAACCUGAAAUGUAUUAACUGUUGGAGUUCUUGAGAUAAAUCUAAACAUCCAUUGCCCAUUGAGUAGAGAAAAGAACACUCUCCAGUGUUGGUCUGUUUAGUGGUUUAAAUAAUGCUGUGUAAUUUUUAUUUAUGAAGGUUUAAUCUUGUAUAAUUAUUCUUAAAUUGUUUAUAUUUUAAAGACUGCUGAUAAACCUUUUUUUUUCACUUGCAACUUAGUGAAUGUUACUGAUUUAAUACAGUAUAUUUUUACAUUUUUACCUUUGACAAUAAGGGGUAGUUAUACAAUCAUAACAAUUUCACACAUUCAGUGUGACUUCCCCAUUGAAAUACUGGAAAGUUGGAGCUAUUUGAGCUUUUGGCUGGGGAAAAACUGGUUAAUUGCAUUAAUAGUUGAUUUUUCUUUAGAAACAGCUAAGGACUAUGAUAGUUUGAAAUUUAAGGUCUUAGGAUUUGUUUUUAAAAUUGAGGAACUCCAAAAACAUCCUUUGCAUCUGGUUUUGGAUAUUUGUUUUGUAUUUAUUACACAUGACAUACUUUUAGUAAGCACUUGUAUACAUGGAACAGUACCUUUGUUUUAAGUGUCAUACUUGUUCUUUUAAAGCCACUGAUUACAAAAAAUCCACAUUGUCAAUAAAGCCAUUUUCAACUAA